GCCAAUACGGGACAAAACGGGUGACAACGUAUGAGAAAUUAUGCACAGUGGAGUCACGUCACUGGAGUGCACGGUGGGGGUCACGCAUUUUCUCCCCACUGGCCAAAAAGCGGCACUCUCCAGGCUAUCCAGGCUUCAGUCUUUCAAGGCCCAGAAGCGCAACCCUGCCGAGAGCAUGUGAGACACUGCCAAAAACCGUGACCGAAGGCGUCAGAAAGCGGCCUAGCGUCACUAGCCACCCGAGAUUACGUCACGCGGGCGAUGCACAGAGGUGGCUUCGGUCGGGGCGGCUCCAUGGUGCUCCAUGAUACUCCUUGUCGCUCCAUGUGUGAACCCGGCCUUGCACAGGCCCCCCCAUACACUCCAAGGAUCUCCACGGGGGAGAGGCUGCGGGUGUCGUGCGCGCCAUGGAGUUGCUGCCGCUCAGCCUCAAGACAGCCAACCAAACUGCGACGCAGGUUUAUCAUUAGUUGCGUCGGCCUUUUAGCCGUGGCCCUUGUUUGGUCCCAGACAAGUGGAAAUCCGGAACAAGGGGUGGCGAGUUCCGGUUCGGUGCUGGCGACGGUAACGGUGACGUCCCUUGUCCCGUUUGCUUCCCUGGUUGUGCACCCUCAGCUGAGGUCCGGUUGGUCAAGCGGACUGGUUUUCGUACUGGGGAUCAUGUGGUUGCUUGGUUAUGUAGGUGUGUACUUGUUGUUGGGGCGGGCUCUUUUUCUUCUCUUCGGGUGGUGUCAACACUUUUCCUCUCGAGUAUUUAAGUAGUUCUCUCUCCUUCCGCCUUUGAACGUUCCCGUUUGUGGCUACCUCUUGUCUGGAUAAGUCUCGUGUCCUUUAUUACCAACUUAUUUAACCAGCAAGCCGAGUAGCCGUUCCUUAUCGUGCUUUGGGCUAACGGCAACGAAUCGACCAGCCUCUAAAAAGCCCACCCCCGGCGGCCUGAUAAGCGCACUCCCACACACUGCAGCUAGCCCUU